AUGCUCGCUGCAAGGACAGUCCUGCUGCUCUCCCUGCUCCUCACCUUCUCCCUGCACCACACCACAGGUCACUCCACACCUGUGGAAUGCUGCUUCCAGCACGCACAGAAACCUGUCCGACACGUGCAAAGCUUCUAUGAGACGCCCAGGGACUGUUCCCUGCCUGCAGUCGUGAUUGUGACUGCCAAUGGUUUUGAGAUCUGUGCUGACCCCAAGAAGCCCUGGGUGAAGAGAGCCAUAAAAAAGCUUCAGAGGAAAAAAUGA